AUGCCGGUUGACUUGGACAAUGUUUCCACAGCUUCAGGGGAAGCUAGCGUGUCUUCCUCUGGCAAUCAGACAGUGCCCCCAAAACCCACUACAAAGAAGAAGCGAAACCUUCCAGGAAUGCCAGAUCCGGAUGCGGAGGUGAUUGCUCUGUCUCCGAAGACCCUGAUGGCGACGAACCGGUUCGUGUGUGAAAUAUGCAACAAGGGGUUUCAGAGGGACCAGAACCUUCAGCUUCAUCGGAGGGGUCACAAUCUUCCGUGGAAGCUGAGACAGAGGUCAAGCAAGGAGGUGAGGAAGAGGGUGUACGUGUGUCCCGAACCGACGUGCGUUCACCACGAUCCUUCCAGAGCGUUGGGGGAUCUCACGGGGAUUAAGAAGCACUUCUGCAGAAAACACGGCGAGAAGAAGUGGAAAUGCGACAAGUGCUCCAAGAAAUACGCGGUUCAAUCCGAUUGGAAGGCUCACUCCAAGAUUUGCGGUACCCGAGAGUAUAAAUGCGAUUGUGGCACUCUCUUCUCAAGGAGGGAUAGCUUCAUCACGCAUAGGGCUUUUUGUGAUGCGUUGGCUGAGGAAAGUGCGAGAUCUCAGCCUCAGACUGUUGCAAAGGCUAGUUCCGAGUCAGAUUCGAAAGCUGUGACCGGUGAUUCAUCGCCUCCGGCGGCGGCGGCGUUGGCGGCUCCUCCUCCACCGCCAGCUGCACCUACGGCUAGUUCUCAGUCAAACAGUGUAGUUGUAUCGUCGUCUACUUUGCAGACACAAAAUCCAGAGUUGCUAGAAAAUGCCCCACAAGUCAUAGAAGAACCGCAGGCCAAUCCUGCUGUCAGUGGAAGCUGUAGCAGCACCAGUACCAGCACCAGCAGCUCAACAAGCAACAGCAAUGGUGGUGCUAGCAGCAGUGUAUUUGCAAGCUUGUUUGCUUCAUCAACAGCAUCCGCAACUGCAAGCCUCCAAUCUCAAACACCAGCAUUCACUGACCUAAUCAGGGCCAUGGGGCAUCCAGAUCAUGCUGCAGACCUCUCAAGACCAUCAUCUUCGGAGCCCAUUUCUCUGUGCCUUGCUACCAAUCACGGAGCAUCCAUUUUUGGGACAGGAGUGCAGGAGCGCCGUCAAUAUGCCCCACUGCCACAGCCAGCCAUGUCUGCUACUGCUUUGCUACAGAAAGCCGCCCAGAUGGGUGCAGCUGCCACAAAUGCCUCUUUUCUUCGUGGAUUAGGCAUAGUAUCAUCUGCGUCAACCUCAUCAGGUCAGCAAGAUAGUUUGCAAUGGGGUCAGCAACCAGGGGAACCAGAGGGUGCCUCAGUUCCUUCAGGUCUUGGACUAGGGCUUCCCUGCGACAGCAGCUCUGGACUAAAGGAGUUAAUGAUGGGGACUCCCUCUAUGUUUGGUCCAAAACAGACCACCCUUGAUUUUCUCGGGCUGGGGAUGGCUGCCGGGGGCACCCACGGUGGAGGCUUAUCUGCUCUCAUCACCUCAAUUGGUGGCAGUCUGGAUGUUACUGCUGCAGCAGCAGCAGCAGCAUCCUUUGGUAGUGCAGAAUUCCCUAGCAAAGAUAUUGGGAGGAGUACUUGA